AUGGAGAAAUCAAGACAAGAAAAGCGAAAAGAAGCUCGGUUGGCCAAAAAUGCCAGAAAAAACGAGUCUUGGCUCCUACGUCAAGCAUAUGCUCACUUUGCUUCUAUUUAUUUGACGAGAGCUCAAAAGCUCAAUAGUUCAAAAUCUACAGAUUCUUCUGUUCAGAAUCUGAAAGACAAAACAGUUACCCAAUUGGAUGGUAAUUCUGAGAGAAGUAGGAAUAUGAAUAAAACUAAUAUGGGAGUGGAAACAGAAGUUGAAAAUACGAAAUCAGAGGCUCCAGAACAUAGUUAUCCAAAACCAUUAAAGGCAGUGGGAGGAGACAAGGUUUCAAAGAGAACCCCAAAAACAAAGUUUGAGAAGUUUCUUGAACUGGAUAAUACUAGGGCCGAUGAGGAUUUGGAACUAGAAAGGAAACUCAAAGUGAAGGGUGGAAAAUUGAAGGGUGAGGAUCUUGGUCUUAACAUGUUGUUUGAAGGAAUUUCAUCUCUUGCUGAUUCAUUGGGAAACAAAGAAGUGACAUAUCCUGAGGCAUUGGCUUCUAAAAGAUCUCCAAGAAAGAAACGGAAGAAGGAAAAGUUAUUACCUGAUGACUUGAAAGGUGAAGAUCCAAAGGUUGUCGCCACAGAUGGUGCUGAGGUGGAAUCUUCAGAUUUUCCUUCCAAGUCAUCUUCGAGGAAGAGACAGAAGAAGAGAAAGUCCUUGGAGGAAACAAAAGAGGGCAACAAGGGAGGUGAUAUGGACAUUAAGGUAUCUAAGCCAAUGGAUUCAUAUGGGACGGAUAUUGUAUUGGAAAAAGUUCCUGCCAAGACACCUAAAAAAUAUGUAGCUCCUCACUUAAGAUCACGUGCAGGGAAUGAGCUUGAAGAGCAUAGUCAGGUCCGUCGACAAUUACGUGGCCUUCUAAAUAGGCUCUCGGAAUCUAAUGUGGAAUCCAUUACAGGGGAGGUUUCUGUCCUCAUGCGUUCCAUUCCUCGUGGUAUCGCCUCCCAGAUAUUUGGUCAUGAGGAGGUAUUAGCCUCGUGUGCACAUGGCCCUCGUGGAAAUGAACAGCAUGCUGCUGUUUUUGCUGCUUUUGUGGCUGACAUGGCCAGUUCAGUGGGAAUCGACUUUGGUGCGAAGCUUCUAGCUUUACUUGCUAAAACUUUUGAGGAUGAGUACCACAAAGAGGACAAUAUUUCCUUGAGAAAUGUUACUCUUUUACUCUCUCAAUUAUGCAUAUUUGGAGUUUGUUCGAGGUAG